AUGAGUUCAGAAAUGAAGUCUGAUGAAGAUUAAGUAGCGAAAACUAAAGAAAACUAAAAUAGAGAUUGGAAAGAACAAAUAAAAAACAAGGGAUAUUAAUAUAUUGAAACAUAUCAUUUUGUGUCAAAAGGCAAAAAUUUUAAUUAAAGAAACUAUGGAGUGACAGUCGAUUAUAGGUUUUUAAGGGUCAUUCAAUAACUUGAUUUUUUGGAGAGCCAAUAAAUACAAUUUUAUAUGAAUAUAUUCAAGGAUGUCUAUAAAGAUGUGAAAGUAAAAUUUACUUGCAUUUUUAGUUAGCAGCAGGCUUUUGCCAUUUUUUUGCUGAAUUUUGGACACAAUCAACGGAAAGUUUGUCAUUCAAUAUUAAUCCCAAUUUUUCUGGAAAUACUUAAAUAUCCAACUUUAAUUAAUAUCAGGUAAAUAGAAAUUAAGAUUAUUAUUAAAUAUAAAAUUAGGUCUUUUAUUCUAAAUAAAAUGAUAUGAAUGAAAAUAAGAAUAAACAUGAUGAAAGUCGUGAAAUUAAAUAAUAAAAAUAAAAUUUAAAUAAUAAUCAAGAAACUAAUGGAAAUAAUAAUUCUUCAAUCAUUAAAGGCUCCGAUUCAUAAUAAAUUGAUGAAAAUAAGAAAUAAACUGAUGAAAACAAACAUUCUUCAAAUAUUUAAGGCACCGAUUCAUAAUAAAUUGAUGAAAUUAAGAAAUAAACUGAUGAAAACAAACAUUCUUCAAAUAUUUAAGGCACCAAUUCAUAAUAAAUUGAUGAAAAUAAGAAAUAAACUGAUGAAAACAAACAUUCUUCAAAUAUUUAAGGCACCGAUUCAUAAUAAAUUGAUGAAAUUAAGAAAUAAACUGAUGAAAACAAACAUUCUUCAAAUAUUUAAGGCACCAAUUCAUAAUAAAUUGAUGAAAAUAAGAAAUAAACUGAUGAAAACAAACAUUCUUCAAAUAUUUAAGGCACCGAUUCAUAAUAAAUUGAUGAAAUUAAGAAAUAAACUGAUGAAAACAAACAUUCUUCAAAUAUUUAAGGCACCAAUUCAUAAUAAAUUGAUGAAAAUAAGAAAUAAACUGAUGAAAACAAACAUUCUUCAAAUAUUUAAGGCACCGAUUCAUAAUAAAUUGAUGAAAUUAAGAAAUAAACUGAUGAAAACAAACAUUCUUCAAAUAUUUAAGGCACCAAUUCAUAAUAAAUUGAUGAAAAUAAGAAAUAAACUGAUGAAAACAAACAUUCUUCAAAUAUUUAAGGCACCGAUUCAUAAUAAAUUGAUGAAAUUAAGAAAUAAACUGAUGAAAACAAACAUUCUUCAAAUAUUUAAGGCACCAAUUCAUAAUAAAUUGAUGAAAAUAAGAAAUAAACUGAUGAAAACAAACAUUCUUCAAAUAUUUAAGGCACCGAUUCAUAAUAAAUUGAUGAAAUUAAGAAAUAAACUGAUGAAAACAAACAUUCUUCAAAUAUUUAAGGCACCAAUUCAUAAUAAAUUGAUGAAAAUAAGAAAUAAACUGAUGAAAACAAACAUUCUUCAAAUAUUUAAGGCACCGAUUCAUAAUAAAUUGAUGAAAUUAAGAAAUAAACUGAUGAAAACAAACAUUCUUCAAAUAUUUAAGGCACCAAUUCAUAAUAAAUUGAUGAAAAUAAGAAAUAAACUGAUGAAAACAAACAUUCUUCAAAUAUUUAAGGCACCGAUUCAUAAUAAAUUGAUGAAAUUAAGAAAUAAACUGAUGAAAACAAACAUUCUUCAAAUAUUUAAGGCACCAAUUCAUAAUAAAUUGAUGAAAAUAAGAAAUAAACUGAUGAAAACAAACAUUCUUCAAAUAUUUAAGGCACCGAUUCAUAAUAAAUUGAUGAAAUUAAGAAAUAAACUGAUGAAAACAAACAUUCUUCAAAUAUUUAAGGCACCAAUUCAUAAUAAAUUGAUGAAAAUAAGAAAUAAACUGAUGAAAACAAACAUUCUUCAAAUAUUUAAGGCACCGAUUCAUAAUAAAUUGAUGAAAUUAAGAAAUAAACUGAUGAAAACAAACAUUCUUCAAAUAUUUAAGGCACCGAUUCAUAAUAAAUUGAUGAAAAUAAGAAAUAAACUGAUGAAAACAAACAUUCUUCAAAUAUUUAAGGCACCGAUUCAUAAUAAAUUGAUGAAAUUAAGAAAUAAACUGAUGAAAACUAACAUUCUUCAAAUAUUUAAGGCUCCGAUUCAUAAUAAAUUGAUGAAAAUAAGAAAUAAACUGAUGAAAACAAACAUUCUUCAAAUAUUUAAGGCACCGAUUCAUAAUAAAUUGAUGAAAUUAAGAAAUAAACUGAUGAAAACAAACAUUCUUCAAAUAUUUAAGGCACCAAUUCAUAAUAGAAUGAUGAAAUCAAGAAAUAAAUUGAUGAAAACCAGCAUUCUUCAAUCAUUAAAGGUACAGAUUCAUAAUAUAAUGAUGAUAUUAAAGAACAAACUAAUUUUAAUUAAGCAUCUUAAAAAUUAUAAAUCCACGAUUCAAAAUACAAUGAUGUUAACAAAUAUCAAAAUUUUAAUUAACAACACAUGCAAUAAGCUUAAUAAUAACAGAUUUAACAAACAUUUGUAUAACCUUAAAAUCAAAUUAAUGCAUAACCUCCAUAAAAAACAUUUACAUUUAAAAUAAUUAAUAUGAGUAUUGAAGAACCUGUAAAAAAAUAAAAAUUUUAGAUUAACAAAUUACCUGACUUACUACAUUAAGUAGCCUAAAUGAAUGGAUUAUCCUCUAAAGAUGAUUUAAAAAAUUAAGAUUUUUUAUAUUUUCCUAUUAAUCUAAGUCAAGCACAUUGGAUAAGUGUUGUUGUUAAUUUGAGAGACAAAAUAAUUUAUUAUUUCGACUCUUACUAUGAAUAGGUCGAAGAAGAUGUGAGAGAAGGCAUAUAUAUAAUUUUAAAAAGCUUAGAUUUUAACAGCAACAUUUUUAGAUUUGAGACUAAAUGGAAUAAAUAAUAUAAUGGGUAAAAAUUUAUAUUAUAUUAGAUAUGAUUGCGGUAUCUUUAUCUUAUUAUCAUUAUUACACACUUUUUAAGGAGAUUUAAAAUAUUCUUACAAUUAAGCAAGGGCAUCUGAGUUUAGAAAUCGAAUCUUAUAUGAUUUGGCUAUGGUUGCUUCUUAGGUAAAUUUAUCAAAAGAAUUAUUUGAAUCUAUAUUAAAAUGAA